UUUCAUCGGCAGUCUAUCUCCAGAACACAGAAGCAAUAGUACUGCGUUGCGCCACCGGCUCAAGGCGCUGGCGUUCUUCGUCUUUUGUUUUGAUAGAUAUCUAAAUUAGGAAUAUUUUUGGAAAUCAUACAUCCUAAAGGACCUACAAUAUUGGUCGUAACAUUUUAUGAGAUAUUGGGUAUGACAUAUUUGUUGUUCUCGAGAGCAAUGUUCCGAGAUAUUACUAAAUAGGACGGAUAAAAAAGAUAAAAAAAAAAAAAGUGAUCGCUGUAGUCUACAACAUCGUGUUACACCAAGUUAUCGGAGCAGUGUCAAGAUGGCAGGGUCGUGGCAGGUAGUGUUCUUCGUACUUGUCUUAACAUGUGACUGUGCAACGAUUAGAAAUGUGCUUGCAUUAGAGCCUAAGGAGACUCUUACCCGAACCAGGAUCAAGAGUGAAGCACAAAACUGCCAUGUGUUAGAGGUGAAAGAUAGGACAGGCCAUCAUAAUAUAUUAGAUACCAAAACUGCGGAGACUUCAUUCAUUUUCUAUAUACUACCUCAGCCAGGCUUCAACGGCUUGGUGUUUCGGGCGAAGGUGAACAACAAAAUUAGUCCUGGAUCUUGGAAAUACUUUAAAGAAAGUCUCUUUGUAAGCAGCUCUCGAAUGGAAAUAGACUGGACUCAUCCGAUGUGGAUUCCUGUCGAGAUUAAUUACUUCAAAACAGAGGUUUCAUUCGGACCAGACCGACACGCACUAAAGGUGAAGGUGGGCAAAAGUGUAGAUAAAAACCUCAUCACUCGCUGGUGGAGAACUCACAGCUAUGAAGGAUUCGCUGUUGAGGCCGAGGGACCCGUAAAGAUCCUCUUUAAUUGCAAUCCGUCGAGUGCCAAGGCUGAAUCUGUUAUCGACACUGAAGGGCAGGCUCAUACUGUUCUGAUAGCUUCGCUGUGCGGCUGCUUCCUGCUGGUGGUGGGGUCCGCAACUCUUUACUUUCUCAUUAUGAGACGCUCUCCUCUAUUGCAAGACUACCCGGGCAACACGCCAACGUCUCUCACACUACUUCGAGGACGCCCAACCAGGAAGAAUGAAAGCAGUGAAAAUAUCUACGAGUCUAUACAAGAAAGCACUUUGAAAAAUCUUCGUCAAAACCUGACUGCAGGCAAACUUUCCUCCAGCCCGAGGGACCCGUGCAGCACGACAACUACAAUGGACCGAUGCAGCGGAGGUUUAGCUGAACGUAAUGACAGCAUGAAAGUUUCAUUGGACUCCAUUGCUCAAAUGCCGGAUACCGCUCAAGACGCGCUGACUUUCUCUCUUCUGGAAGAAAAGGAAGCGUUGCGGGAUUAUUUUGGUCUUGACUCUCCAGUCGAGAGUCACUACGUAGAAAUGCAUGGCAUCGUCAGCCGCACCUCCAGCCUCAGCAAAUAGCUAUCCUUCCAUAACUGUUUGCCAGAGAACAUGAAUGUGUAGCGAGUACUAUAUGCACCAUGGAGAGCUUGUCUCUCAAAUAUGAACAACCUGCGAGGCAGGAGGCUGCUCACACUUGUUGUGGUCUUCUCCAUGUACAGUAUACUGAGGAAGUAUACUUUGUUACUAUUGUUUUGUUUGGUGAGGUAAUUAUGGUGAUAAUACUCAACUGUUUCACGCUGACUUCAGCAACAAAAGUGCCCCAUUGACUCGUAUAGCGAGUAUUUAUAUCUACUGCCAUUGUAUUCUGUCAGGUAAAAAUAAUAGUUUUGAGGGGCAUUUGACAUGAUUUUUGCGUAUCUAAUGCAAGGUUUGCAUAAUCAUUGCCUUGUCGUAAAUAUGCUUGUUAUUU